AUGGCUCGUACUAAGCAAACUGCUCGAAAAUCUACAGGUGGCAAGGCUCCACGCAAACAGUUGGCAACCAAGGCGGCUCGUAAGAGUGCCCCAGCCACUGGUGGUGUUAAGAAGCCUCAUCGUUAUAGGCCCGGUACCGUUGCCCUUCGUGAGAUUCGCCGUUACCAAAAGUCUACUGAACUACUGAUCCGCAAGUUGCCAUUCCAGCGUUUGGUUAGGGAAAUUGCUCAAGAUUUCAAGACCGACUUGCGUUUCCAGAGUUCGGCCGUCAUGGCAUUGCAGGAGGCUAGUGAGGCUUACUUGGUGGGUCUUUUCGAAGAUACCAACUUGUGUGCCAUCCACGCCAAGCGAGUUACCAUCAUGCCCAAGGACAUCCAACUGGCCCGCCGUAUUCGCGGUGAACGUGCUUAAGUGACCACCUACUUCGUCAUACCAAUCGGCCCUUUUCAGGGCCACAAAAUAAUAUUGAAAAGUCUUUCUAAACUGGUUAACUUGCAAAAUGACGUCCUUAUUCUUGGCCAUACCAAUAAUGCCAAAGAAGUGGUAAAUUUAAUGUUUAUUUCCGACCCAUUGAAAGACGUUCAAAAUCAAUUUUAAUCUGGAAUAUAUUGAUUUAGGUACGGAACACAAUUUCUUUGUCACUUUGAAGUGCAGGAAAAAUAGAACAACCAAAACUUUACAGGGUACAGACUACAUAGUUAGGUAAAAUGCUAUUGAAAUAACAUUUUCUGACUUCGAGGGUCCCGACGGUCUAGGAAUUUUG